AUGAACGGCGUCGUCUCCGCGCGCCGCGCCGCCCGCCACGGCUGCCGCCUCUACUCCUCCUCGGCGUCGGAGGCGUGGGACGGUCCGUUCUUCCGGCUGCAGAAGCGGCGGGGGCAGCACCUUCUCACCAACCCGCGCGUCCUCGACGCCAUCGUGCGCCGUGCCGUGAUCCGCCCGGGCGACGCCGUCCUCGAGGUCGGCCCCGGCACGGGCAACCUCACCGUGCGCCUCCUCGCCUCCCCUGCCGCCUCCGUCGCCGCCGUCGAGAUCGACCCGCGCAUGGCCACCGCUGUGACCACGGGCGACGCCAUGAAGGUCGACUUCCCGGAGUUCGACGUCUGCGUGUCCAACAUCCCCUACGCGAUCUCCUCGCCGCUAACCGCCAAGCUGCUGUUCGGCUCCUACCGGUUCCGGACGGCGACGCUGCUGGUGCAGAGGGAGUUCGCGCGGCGGCUCGUGGGGGCGCCGGGCCACGGGGAGCACAACCACCUGGCGACCAACCUGCGCGUGGUCGCGGACGUGAACCUGCUCAUGGACGUGAGCAAGGCCGACUUCGUGCCCGUGCCAGGGGUGGACUCCUCCCUCGUCGAGAUCCGGAUGAAGGAGCACCAGCUCCAGCAGCAGCAGAAGAAGAAGAAAAAUAAGAAAGAGAAGAACCUAGGCACCAUCUUCAAGCAGAAAGAGAUGGUCAUGGAGCUCUUCAGGCUGUCUCGAAUAGAGGAGGAACGCAUCGGAAAUGCCAGUAGCAGCGGCCGCGGUGCGCCUCACGACGAAUACGAUGCCGACGAUGGCGAAAAUGACGAACAUCCCUGCAAUGGAGAAGGUGGUUUCAGCGAGGAAGAGUUCGUGGUGUUCAAGGAGAGGAUUGCCGGAACAUUGCAGUCGGCCAGGCUCAACAACGAAAGGCCAUCGAUGCUGUCCAACGAGGACAUGAUGAGGUUGCUCCGCUUGUUCAACAAACGGGGGGUGCGGUUCCAUUAG